AUGUCAGGGUUUGACAAUUUCAACACAGACUUUUACCAGUCCAGCUACAGUGUUGAUGACCAAAACCAGAGCGGCUAUGGCUACAGCAACACUGAAAACCCUUACAACAAGUGAGUAAAUGACUCGAAACCCUCCAUGACUGAUUCUCAGAUUAAAAACAGCCUUGCUUUUAGUUUGUGUCCUCACUCAGAGUGUAUUUGUAAGCCAAGAAGAUUACCAUGUUGUUAUGAUAGCUGAAGGGGAAACACUUAUUUAAAAAAAAGUCUGUUUGAGCAAACCAGUAACUGUCUGUUUUUAACUUUUGACUCAGCUGUUCAAUCUUUUCCCAGGCCAUACGGUCAGUAUGACUACUCCCAGCCCAUGGGAUACUCACCCCCCGGGAUGAUGCAACCCCAACAGCCAUACACAGGACAAAUCUUCCAGCCCACACAGACCUACACCCCAUCCCCUUCACAAUCUAUGUACAGUAGCAGCUUUGACGAUGAGCCGCCUCUGUUAGAAGGUAGGUCAACCACAGUCUGGAGGGUCAUUUUCUAUCUUUUGUUAAGGGUCUGCCUCUUCACAGUUUUAAUUUUCAGGACUUGAGAGGUAUUGGCCAUUGCAGCAUAUUCAUCAAAACACACGGCAUAAACAAGUUUUUCCUUUUUUCCACAAAAGAGGAUCGCACAUUGUUUACUGAAGCAGAAUCAGACAGGAAAGUGAUCUUUUUAGGACCAUCUAACACCUUUACAUUCUAAUAAAUAUGGACCUGUAGUGUUUCUGUUGAAAUCCACCCACCGUAUAUCCUCUCAUGGUGUGAAUUAUAUUUUUAUUUGCCUUCUGCUUCCCGAGCAAAAUCAGAGAGAUUCAUGAAUACAAGAGAGUUUGCAAGAGAUUAAAUAAAACCUCACAGAUUUAAGGCUGGCCUUCGAACAGCAAACAGCAAAAUUUGCAGACCUGAAUUUACUGCAUGAGUUGUAUUUUUCAAACCCACACAAACCACUGAGAAAGUAUCACUAAUACAUCGCAAGUUUUGACGUCAGUUUUGACGUUGCUCAUGCUGCACCAUAACCAAGUUCUCAGAAAUCCACACUCUUAUUCUCAACUACAAAACUGUAAGUGUGGUUUCAUCCCAGAAAAUGUAAACAGUCGAAACAGAAGCUUCAAAUGAGACUUAUGAGUGCAUGGAAGCAGGUUAAGCCUUAUCUGUGAGAUGAUGUUUGGGGGCUAAGUUGGUUUAUCGGCUUUUUUCCCUUCCUCUGAAUUGUAUCUAAAUACCUCGUUGCAUAUUAAGUUCCAAGAUAAGAGCCUCUAAGUUGGAGUCCUAUGGUCUUAAAGUGAAAACGAGUAUCUGGGGCUCUAAGAUAGGAACUGUACCCCCACCCAGUGGAAGGCAAAACCAAAGGUUAUCAGCAUUUGAAGGGGUACUUCUUCUCCAGCCUUAUGUAGGCACAUACAAUAUAUGCUUUUAAUGAUUACCACAUAUGCUUGACUGAGAGGAAAAUAUGUCGUGAAGAAAUUUAGUGAAUGGUCAAUUUUUUUAUCAUGGAUACUCGUGAAUAGAGUAUCUUUGAAGAGCAUCUCUGAUAUCAAACCAACAGGCUUGAUGUUUGUUUUCUGCAUCCCAGAGUUAGGGAUCAACUUCGACCACAUCUGGCAGAAGACUCUGACCGUGCUUCAUCCGAUGAAGGUGGCAGACGGCAGCAUCAUGAAUGAGACAGACCUGGCUGGCCCCAUGGUAUUCUGUUUGGCUUUUGGAGCGACACUUCUCCUGGUAAAUCCUCGAAACACCCUCUUAGAGUUUCAGUACGAAAACUUUGUGUCUGUAUGACCCAGUGUCGUAGUCGAGUCACCAACUACAAGCAGCAUCACGUGGUUGAAAGGGGCGCUUGUCGAUUGGACAAAGUAGGAGGGGUAUGUAACCUCACGGAUUACAAACAGGGGUGGACUAGCCGUCUUGUAUCGUGCUUCGUCACAUUAUUUUACGGAACGCUACAACGUUCGUGAAUGCAACUGUUCAUAUAAUGCUAUCGUAGCUUGUCAGGGAUUUAUCCUGUUAUUUUUCUAACUUUGACGAUCAAAUGUGUGACGACAUAUGAGCUCAGAGUUUAAGGACUGUGACUGUUGGUAGUUGUGAUUUGAUUUUGUUUAAAUAUGCCAAAUUGUGAAUUUAUGGGUUAUUGUUGUUCAGACAAGUGAGCUAAGCUAGCAAGCAACUGCUAAUGUCAGCGGUCACUUGUUGCCAUAGCAACAAGGGGUGCCGUGCUUCCUCUACCAAAGAUGCACUGCGUAUGCACUGAAUAUAGCGUCAUUACGUACAUUUGGUCCUGUGUUUGGUCCAGUGAGCUUUCACACUGCAUACGAACCGAACCAGGGUUCACUUGCAAGCGAACUGAGACCCACGUUUUCAGGCGGACCAGAGUUCGCUUGUUUGGUCCGGAUGAGCUUUCACACCUGCCCAAACGAAGCGGACUAUCCGAGGAAACAAACUCUGGUCUGUUUAAAGCGGACCAAACAGCUCUGGUGUGAAAGUUACCUGAGUCAAGUCACAAGCAGCGUAUCCGCACUCGAAUACUACAACACUGGUAUGAUCUGUGUGUUGUUUGCUUUGUGCUUGUGUGUCAUUUAAUAUCGAAGUGUGUGAUUGUGUUGUUUUUCUCUCCUGCUCACAGUCAGGUAAGAUCCAGUUCGGGUAUGUAUACGGUAUCAGCGCGAUCGGCUGCCUCGGCAUGUACUGCCUACUCAACUUAAUGAGUAUGACCGGCGUCUCCUUUGGCUGCGUGGCCAGUGUGUUGGGAUACUGCCUCCUACCCAUGAUCCUCCUCUCCAGCUUUGGAGUCCUCUUCUCCUUACAGUGAGUGCACAGCAACACUCCACAACUACAUUUUUUGGAGUUUGUAGCUCGAAUAUUGACAAGCAUGUUUGAUCUUUUAGUUGUAUUUUUAACUUCUUCCUCUUUCCUUCUUGUCCUCUUUAGGGGCAUGAUGGGAAUUAUAAUAAGCGCAGCGAUCAUUGGCUGGUGCAGUUUCUCAGCGUCAAAGAUCUUCAUUUCAGCAUUGGCCAUGGACGGGCAGCAGCUAUUGGUUGCCUACCCCUGUGCUCUUCUAUACGGGGUCUUUGCUCUCAUCUCCGUCUUCUAA